AUGUUCUAAUAUAUGAGAAUCAUUUCUUAGAAAACUAUUCGAAUGGCCCGAUCAGCUCUGGAUGAGAUGUCAACAGCUGGCGCUUUCAUUAGAACUCCUUCCACUUUUCGUAAUACCAUUUCAAGAGAUCCCAAUUCUCAAUUUCCCGCAGAAGCUGGAAGGUAUCACUUGUAUAUAUCAUAUGCUUGUCCGUGGGCAUCUAGGUGCCUUGCAUACCUGAAGAUCAAAGGACUCGACAAUGCAAUUAGUUUCACCUCAGUCAAGCCCAUAUGGGGAAGGACAAAGGAUACGGAUGAUCACAUGGGAUGGGUCUUCCCAACUUCUAGUACAGAGGAACCAGGAGCUGAUCCCGACCCUUUAAAUGGUGCCAAAAGUAUAAGAGAACUGUACGAGCUUGCAAGCACAAAUUACUCGGGGAAAUAUACAGUUCCUGUGCUUUGGGAUAAGAAGCUGAAAACAGUCGUAAACAAUGAGAGCUCAGAUAUAAUUCGCAUGUUUAAUACUGAAUUCAAUCAUAUUGCUGAGAAUGCAGCUCUUGACCUUUAUCCUCCUCACUUGCAAGCACAAAUUAAUGAAGUGAAUGAGUGGAUAUAUGAUGGGAUUAAUAAUGGUGUCUAUAGAUGCGGGUUCGCAAAGAAGCAGGAACCUUACGAUGAGGCAGUAACAAAAUUGUAUGAAGCUCUAGACAGAUGUGAGGAGAUUCUCAGCAAGCAGAGAUAUUUGUGUGGAGACACACUGACUGAAGCAGAUAUUCGCUUGUUUGUGACCCUUAUAAGAUUUGACGAGGUAUGGAUAUAGAAUAUUUUAGUGUAA